AUGGUCAAAUCGUACCUGAAAUUCGAGCCUUCGAAGACUUUUGGCGUUAUCACUGCUGCGUCGUCAAAUGCGGUUUGGAUACCCGAUGAAGAUGUCUCUGCCGAAACACGACAUACUGGUGCAGGACGAGCAGUUGUCGGAGCAGGAGAGGAGGUGAUAUGUUGGGAUGUGAAGAAGGGUGAAUUGCUCAGCAGAUGGCGGGAUUCGGAUUGCAGCGCACAGGUUACGGCUAUUUCACAGAGCAAAACAGAUCAAGAUAUCUUCGCGGUUGGGUAUGAGGAUGGCUCAAUAAGAUUAUGGGAUUCGAGACUAGCGACGGUUAUGAUAUCCUUCAAUGGCCAUAAAACCGCAAUUACCCAAUUGGCAUUUGACGGUGCAGGAGUGCGUUUGGCCAGUGGUUCCAAAGACACCGAUAUUAUAGUGUGGGAUUUGAUCGCAGAGGUUGGGAUUGUCAAACUACGUGGGCACACAGACCAAAUCACGUCUGUCAACUUUUUGGACGGAUCAAGCAUCAGUGACACUGAAGUCCAAAGUAGCAAUUCCCAGGACCGCUUUCUCUUGAGUACCGGGAAAGACUCCUUAAUCAAAAUCUGGGACCUUUCGUCUCAGCACUGCAUCGAAACCCAUGUAGCGCAAAGCAAUGGGGAAUGUUGGUCACUUGGGCUUUCACCCGAUCAGAGUGGGUGUAUUACUGGAGGGAACGAUGGCGAACUUCGAGUGUGGUCCAUCGAUGCAACUGUGAUGAAUGAAGUAGCAAAAGAAACUGGAGCCGCAGACGGCCGCAAAAUCCUUGUGGAUAGGGGCAAUUUAUAUCGACAGGGCAAGGACCGAACAAUGGGCAUCCACUUCCAUCCGAGGUUGGAUUACGUCGCGGUUCAUGGAGCUGAAAAGUCAAUCGAGAUCUGGAGAAUACGGACGGAGGCUGAGAUCCAAAAGAGUCUGGCAAGGAAACGGAAACGGAGACGAGAAAAGGCUGGAGAGCAAGGCGCUGGACACGAGUUGGAAAACGGCGCGGAUGCUGAAAACCCAGACUCUAUCUCUGCAGCCCCAAUAUCCGAAGUUUUCGUGUCCUAUACUAUCGUUAGGAUACAAGGGAAAAUUCGUUCAGCGGAUUGGAUGGGUGGGAAAGGCCUCAGGAUGCUCGCCGCAACAAGUAACAACCAACUUGAAGUGUACGGUGUAGUUGCUGUGGAGAGGCAGAAAUCGAAAAGCAGCGAGGAUUCAGAAUAUAACCGCAUAUUAUCGAUUGAUAUGCCGGGUCACCGCACGGACGUUCGAUCGCUUGCCCUGAGCUCUGACGAUAGGAUGCUUUCUUCCGCCUCGAAUGGCACUUUGAAGAUCUGGAAUGUGCGAACUCAAACAUGUUUACGAACUCUGGAAUGUGGUUACUCAUUGUGCUCCGCGUUCCUACCUGGUGACAAAAUCGUGGUACUGGGGAAUAAGAACGGAGAACUUGAAGUAUUCGAUAUUGCCUCAGCUACAUUAUUGGAUACAAUACAAGCGCACGAGGGCCCAGUAUGGGCGCUUCAUGUUCACCCUGAUGGAAAAUCUAUGGUUACUGGAAGUGCUGAUAAAACUGCUAAAUUCUGGGAGUUUAAGGUUGUGCAAGAGGCAAUUCUGGGAACGAAGCGGACGACUCCUCGCCUUAAACUAGUUCACACGAGGACUCUUAAGGUGAACGAUGAUAUCCUAAGUAUUCGCUUCUCUCCUGAUGCGCGACUCAUUGCUGUAGCGCUAUUGGAUAACACCGUGAAAGUUUUCUUCGUUGACACUCUGAAGCUCUUCUUGAUCCUAUACGGCCACAAGCUUCCUGUCCUUAACAUGGAUAUAUCUUACGACAGCAAAUUAAUCGUCACUUGCUCUGCGGAUAAGAACGUACGGCUAUGGGGCCUGGACUUUGGUGACUGUCACAAGGCUUUCUUCGCGCAUCAAGACAGCAUCAUGGCAGUAGCCUUCAUACCGAAUAAUAACGAGGGCAAUGGCCACCACUUCUUCAGCGCCAGCAAGGACCGGGUGAUAAAGUAUUGGGACGGUGAUAAAUUCGAGCAAAUUCAAAAGCUUGAAGGGCACCAUGGCGAGAUAUGGUCUCUUGCCGUCAGCCAUUCUGGAGAAUUCAUCGUUACUGCAAGCCAUGAUAAAAGUAUCCGAGUAUGGGAACAAACUGAUGAGCAGAUUUUCUUGGAAGAAGAACGGGAAAGGGAAUUGGAAGAGCUCUACGACAGCACGUUAGCGACCUCACUGGAUAAAGAAGAUGAGGACGCAGAAGGGCAGGAAAAAGCAGAGGCAGCGGCUGCUAGCAAACAAACAAUUACAACUCUCAUGGCUGGUGAGAAGAUUGUAGAGGCUCUCGAUUUAGGAAUCGAAGACCUUGCGCUUAUGCGAGAGUGGACGGAGUUGAAAUCAACCAAUCCCAAAACUGCACCACCAUCGCGCAAUCCCGUCUAUCUAGCCCUUGGCAACAUAUCCGCAGAACGCCAUGUCCUCCAAGUCAUACAGAAAAUUCCCGCAGCAGCACUCCAAGAUGCCCUCCUCGUUCUUCCCUUUUCAAAACUGCCGGCCUUAUUCACAUUUCUGAAUAUCUGGGCAAAGAAUGCAUGGGAAAUCCCGCUGACCUGUCGUGUCUUAUUCUUCAUGCUCAGAACGCAUCACCGCCAAAUUGUGGCGAGCAAAAUGAUGAGACCAAUGCUUGAUGGUAUUCGGGGCAACCUGCGGAAUGUCCUUGCCAGGCAGAAAGAUGAAAUGGGAUUUAAUAUUGCAGCCCUCAAGUUCAUAGGCAACCAAGUCCGGGAACGUGGCCGUUCAAACUACAUUGAUGAGAAUUUGUGGGAGAAGGAAGAGCAACAGGUAAAAGGCAGCAAGAAGCGGUAUUUUGUGAAUGUUUCAUAA